ACGAGUGUGGCGUAAACCAGGAACGCCAUGGCUGCGUUCCAUGAAACAGUGCUGCCUACAACCCUAUAACUGCUGCAGUUCUUAUCGGAUUCUUUCAAGCUCUUCCUGUAUCUCGGAAACUCCUGACUUCCCGUCUCACACGCACAUACCACCAACUUUCACCUUUCAGCAUGCCGACCCCCAUCGAUCGCGCGGUGCAACAACGUGGCCCGUUCUUCGCGUUUGCUGCAGUCGUCGCUGGUGUAGCAGCGUGGAGCAUUUGGGGACAAGACAUCUUUCCUAGUCAAGACCCCACUGGCGACCCAGAAACAUGGACACAUGAUCAAUGUGUUACCUGGCUCAAGCACAGGAACCUACAUCCCUCCCCCGUCGCAACAACCGCUGAGCUACUGGAGCGGAUCAAGGCGAACAUGAGGGUAGCAAGGGAGCGAACACCAGGUCAAUGAGCACAUUUAGUCCAAGAUGUCUAUCCAAUCCAAAUAAAUUGCAGGCUUAUUUACAGACUUUCCCCCAUAACUCCUGCAGAACAUCAUGGUAGUCGCUCGGCUGAUGCAUCGUUAACCGAUCGAACGUCAAAUCGACCCCGAACACCUCCAGGCCUCACCCUGUUUU